AUGAGCAUCAAGAAAGAUCUUUUUCAAGGCCUAUCGGCAUUCCCAAUCACUCCUGCUGACCCGGAUGGCACCGUCGACACUAGCGCCCUGGUUGGCAUUCUCGAAAAGCUAGACAUACCCGGCAUCGAUUCGAUUGGACUGUUGGGUAGUACAGGAAACUAUCUCUACCUGACGAGAGAGCAACGCAAGCGGGCCAUUCACGCAGCCGUGCAGGCUCUGCAGGGCAGAAAGCCACUCAUCGUCUCUGCCGGUGCGCUUCGGACAGACGAUGCACAGCGCCUAGCCAAGGACGCUGAAGAGGCCGGGGUUGAUGGGCUGUUACUCGCACCCGUCUCGUACACUCCGUUGACUGACGAGGAGGUCUACACCCAUUAUGAGUCAGUCGCUGGGUCGACCACGCUACCCAUCUGCAUCUACCACACGCCGAGCACGACGCACUUUACCUUUAGCGACGCCCUUCUUGCCCGCAUCGCAGCGCUGCCCAACGUCGUUGCGCUGAAGCAGCCCUCUCCCACCGCUGAGCCGAAAGCAAGACACGAAGAGCUCCGCGCAAAGCUUCCCUCUGGAUUCUCCAUUGGCUACAGCGCGGACUGGCUGGUGGCUGAGCCACUAUUGGCAGGAGGCGAUGUGUGGUACAGUGCGAUUGCGGGGGUGCUUCCCGGACCGUCGGUUGCGCUGAUGAAUAGCAUCCGCAAGGGGGACCAUGCCGAAGUGAAGCGCAUCUCGGCUGUCCUGCAGCCAAUCUGGGAGCUAUUCCAAGAGUUUGGUGACGGGCGGGUGGUCUUUGCGCUCGCAAACGAGCUUGGCCUCUGCAAAGCCGCCCCUCCUCGGCCUAUUCUGCCCGUAGCUGCUGAGCACCACGGCCGUAUUCGCUCAGCGCCUCCAUUCCCGACCACGGGCGGCACCGCACCGCCGCCGUCGCCGUCGUCGCGCUGCCUCCGGUCGUUCUCCCCAGCGUGUAGGUACGUCGCCUAUCCCCAACUGGGCCAUGCCAUGCACCACGAUCUGCUCUUCCGGGCAGCGAACUACCGACCUCCGCCACCACCACCCCGCCACCAUGCACACCCAAACGCCUACCCGACGACGACGUCGUCGUCGGCGAACCCGGUGGACUGGGUCGUCUGCUACGAGCGCGUCGUCUCCUGCGCCGCGGCCCUCGUGACCCGUCUUCCACGGCGACGACACGAAGCCCGCAACCACUUUGCCCUCGCCCUCGCCGCUUCUCACGGCCUACCCGCGCACGACUUACUUUAA